UACUUAAUCUAAAAAAAAAAAAAUUAUACUCCAACCAUUUAUCUAUAACAUAGUAUUUCUCUUCUGACAUUAAUCUGAAUUAGACGUGCUACUUACCCUUUCAUUAAUCCGUUGACAAAAUCACCCUCUCUAAUUAAACUCCCCAAAACCCAAUUAAUUGUUUAACUUAUUAAACCAAGUAAAUAACCUAACCAUUAAAUAGAAAUAUAAAAAAUGCACGUACUUAACCCAAAAUCCACCCUUCUUUUUAGCCGAUUCCCUCUCUUUCGUCUCUCUCUCUUCUCCUAAACUUGCACACUUGUUUUUUUAGCCUUCUCCACAUUUUGACUACCUACUCAUCAUUUUCUCGAACUCUUUUUUUUUUCAAUCAACAAAAAUGCAUGCAAAAACAGACUCCGACAUAACAAGCUUACCGGAGUCAUCUCCCACGAGAUCGCCUCCGCGUAGGGGUGGUUCUGGGCACGGGCAAGUGUACUACGUACAAAGUCCAUCAAGGGAUUCAACAUCUCACGAUGGAGAAAAGACUACAAACUCCUUUCACUCCACCCCAGUCAUAAGCCCAAUGGGCUCACCACCUCAUUCUCAUUCCAACUCAUCUUUGGGCCCACAUUCUCGGGAGUCCUCCUCGACCCGUUACUCCGGGUCCGCUAAGCCCAAGGGCGGUAAAGGUCGUAGUAGUCGUGGAGGCCGACAUAAUCACCACGAUCAACGACACCCGUUCGAUGCGAUUGAAGAAGAGGGGCUUCUUGCCGGAGAAGAUGAGGAUGGAGAAAGAAGUAUACCUAGACGUUGUUGGUAUUUUAUAUGGUUCGUUGUUGCGUUUUUUUUGCUAAUGUCUUUCUUUUCAUUGGUUUUGUGGGGUGCUAGUCGCAAUCAAAAGCCCGUUAUUACAAUGAAGAGUAUAAAGUUCGAGCAAUUUGACAUACAAGCAGGACAAGAUAAUACAGGAGUACCAACAGGAAUGGCAACUGUAAAUGUAACGGUGAAAAUGAGGUACAGAAAUAAAGGCACAUUUUUUGGAGUACAUGUAACCUCGACUCCUCUUGAUCUUUCCUUUGAGGAACUCAAUUUAGCAACUGGAACGAUGGAAUAUUUCUAUCAGAGGAGGACGAGUCAAAGACAGAUAACAGUGCAAUUGAAGGGAGACAGUGUGCCUCUAUAUGGGGGAGGGCACAGCAUAAGCAACAACAAUAAAGGAGUAGUAAUUUCGCCAGUUCCAUUAACCCUAAACUUUAGGGUCAGAUCAAGAGCAUACGUCUUAGGGAAAUUGGUAAAGCCAAAGUUUUACAAGGCAAUUAAAUGUAUUGUGGUUAUGAAUCCAAAGAAGAUGAACGUGGCCAUGUCUCUCAAAAAUAACUGCACUUACACAUAGAUUUAGAUUAGAUACGUCGGUCCAAACCCUUAAUUUAUUUGGUCUGACUUCAUGUAUCACAUUACAAUAAACAGUACAGUAGUUAUAAUACUUGUAGUAUGAUUUUUGUUUAAUUAAUUAUCAAGCAAGUUGUUUUGUGCUGUGUUGUA